AUGGCUUGGUGGCAUUUCGAAAUCAACCUUGAGCCAACCAAGGCGGAAAAGGUUGCCCGUCGCGCCGUUCUAGACCGGUACGGACGCUAUGCCUUUGCAUCCGCCUUCGUACCCAUCCUGCUGGUCCUGCUUUACCGACUAGCAAAGCGAGCGCUUGCUCUCUGGCAACGGGAGCAGGCUUACGACGCCGCUCCCCAGUGGCGAUCUGACUACGACGCCGGUGACACGAGGCGAAAGGCUCUAGCUCAAGCCAUGGUAGGUUCCCUUGAACAGCUAAUCCGUAUGCCCGGACUUGCCUUCCUAACCCGCGCGGUAGAUUUCCUUCACUUGACGAAGCGGUUUGGCAUUAUUGGCGUUUCUCAGCUGCCCAUACAGCAUCUCCUCUCCCUAAAGACCAUCAAUCCUUACGCGGCGGCGUUCCGCACCUCACAUGAAGAUCUCAACCGUUUUCACCGAGUCCUGGGGCGUCUCAUUUUCAUCCUUCUCUGGCUACACCUCUUUGAUGUCUUUGCCGGUCUCUCCGCCUUUACUCUGUACCACGUACUCUAUGGUACUUCCCUCACCGUCGUCCGCCAAUGGUCGUACCGGCUCUUCUUCAUCACCCACCUGUUCGUUGUCUUUGUCACCCCCGGCAUGAUUUUCAUCCAUGCGACCCCCACACGGCCCUACAUCCUCUCCUCCAUCGUAUUCUUCGUCGUCGAUCUGGCCGUCAGGAGGUUCGCCACCUCUCUAUCUUCGGCGACGGUCGAGAUCAUCCAAGGUACAAACCUCGUCAAGAUCUCCGCUACCCUCCCGGAACGCAAGCUCAAACAGCUCGGGGAGAGGCCGGGAUCGCACCUCGUGCUCGUUGCGAGACUUAGGCAGGGCCCCUUGACGCGUAGACUCCUCGAACUCGGCCGUGGAGCCCAUGGCGAAACCCUAGCUAGCCGGAUUCCGCUAUCCAUCGAAGGGCCCUACGGCACCAUUGCCAAGAAGUUUCCCAAUCUCGCCUCUGGGGAUGUGGACAAGGUUCUCCUCGUGGCCGGCGGCGUCGGUGCCACCUUUGCCAUCCCCAUCUACAAGGCUCUCAAGGCCGCCGAUGCCUCGAUCAACGUCGAGCUUGUUUGGGCCGUUCGCAGCGCAUCCGAGGUGUCUUGGGCACUUGCCGGCUCCUCUAACCCUUCCGAAACCGUAUCCUCGUCCCGCCUUCUCGACGAUCCCUCGAGGCCGAACCUCAAACAAUUUGUUGACGAGGCCUUCAAGGGUGGGAACGAGGAUCAGAGGGUUGCCGUGCUGGUCUGCGGCCCGGAGGAGAUGGGGCUGAGGUCCGGCCCCGGCAAAAGCUGGCUGUACUUGGAGUAUUUGGAUAGAGAAUCUAGCCAUGCAUGA